UAAAAUACUCGCAAGGGUGUCAUGCAGUAUUUAUAGAUAGAUAGAGAGGUGCUAAGACUACGCUUAAACCCCGCUAUAUUAGGACGGUAGUACUGGGUAGGCUUUUCCAAAGAAUGACUGUGUAGAAAAAGAAGGAAUACUUAAAAUAGCUGGCAGAGGUGUGAAUUUUCCUGAAGGAAAGUGGGUGCAUGUGGCGCAUCGUUCUCACGGGCACCACAAGAUAUAUUAAAGGAACCGGCACCGCCAUCGCCAUGUACAGGGCUGUCUAGAGGUCUGGUAAUCAAUAUGAAUACUGAAAAGAAUGUGGGAGUAUGCCUUCAAAGAAGGAAUACGAUCUUGUUUCGGAUGAUGGAUAUGACAACAAAAUUCCGCUACACAAUGAUGACGCAUUUCAGCAUGGCAUCCACUUCCAGGCAAAGUAUAUAGGUACACUUGAUGUUCCAAGACCUAGCAGUAGAGUGGAAAUUGUUGCUGCCAUGAGAAGAAUUCGGUAUGAGUUUAAAGCAAAGGGAAUUAAAAAGAAGAAAGUUGAUCUUACAGUGUCAGUGGAAGGCGUCAAGGUGUCCAUCAGCAAGAAAAAGAAGAGACUGCCACAGUGGUAUGAUGAUAGUAAACUGUUGAUUGUACACCAUCCUAUAUAUAGGAUAUUCUACGUAUCACAUGACUCCCAAGACUUGAAGAUCUGGAGUUACAUUGCAAGAGAUGGACCAACUAACGUGUUUAAAUGUAAUGUUUUCAAGUCUUAUAAAAAGGAGCAAGCGAUGCGUAUUGUUCGAACAAUUGGUCAGGCGUUUGAAGUGUGCCAUAAGCUGAGUGUUGCACAGACUGUCCCCUGUCAACAUGAAAAAGUAGAAACUUUAAGUAACCAGUCUGUUGAGAUAGAUAAAGUUAAAAGUAAAGAUGAAGAAGAAAAGUCUUCAUUGAGCAGAAGUAACCAUGACAGUUCUCCUAGUACCCCUCAAGCCAUGCCCCCAAAUGAACUGGUCAUUAAACAGAACCAUCAGAAAAUCUAUCAGAUUGUUUCUUCUCAAGGUCAGACUGGGAGUACAAUGCUCAUGUCACCUCUCAAUGAUGAGGAUGAUGAUAUAAUUGCUUCUGACCAGCCAAUCAGUGCACAGCAUCAAGUUCAGUUGCUACGACAACAGGUAGAACAUGAGCAUCAGCAAGCACAGGUUGCUGUGGCCCAGGUCCAUCUUCUCAAAGAUCAGCUUGCUGCUGAAACUGCUGCCAGGAUUGAAUCCCAGGCACGCACACAUCAGCUGUUGUUACAGAAUAGAGACUUGCUCGACCAUAUGAAACAGAUUUUGUCCCGCUUGCAGACACUAGAGAUGCAGUCGAACAGCUCACAGGAAACACAGAAGAUGAUUGAACAGGGAAUUUCAGUCCCCGACAUGACAACACCACAGAGUGGACCUGUGUACUUGCCUAGAACAUUGCUGCCUCACUCUGACCAUAUGUUAACUACACAAGAUCUGUGUUUGACUGAAGACAAGAAAUCAUUGUUUGAUACAGACUCGCCAGACAGUGGACAUCGUGAAAUGUCCAGUGACAGUCUCUCACUUACACUACAGCAGGCAGACUUUCCAUUCUGGGCCAUGUCUCAUGAUGAUAGAUUGAAAUACAGUUUCGGUUUUGGUUCCCCUGUAAAGUAUAAGCAGAUGAGUUAUGAAAUGACAGCUGUCGUAAACAGUAACCCAUUUGCCAACAGUAGGGAAGAUAUUUGUGACCAAGAUGUUUUGGAUUUUACGAAUAUGGGAGCUGUCUCAAAAGGAUUGGGAGGGGAUGAGAAGGACAGUAGCGUUGGUGUAACUCCAAAGCUUAAGCCACCGCCUGAGUUUCGAAAUUUUGAAUCUUUCAGAAAUUCACAAGUAUCUGAUGACUCAAGUAACUCAUCUAAUUCUGAAACAGACUCUCUGAAAGAUGGGAUUGUGAAUUUCACAGAUAGUGAUUAUUACUCCCACACAGGAAGUAGUUUUCACACACAAUCCAUGGACCAGUCUGUCCCGCCAUUUGUCAACAGCACAGAAUAUGUACAGUCUGCAGCUGUUUUGAGGCCUAAGUUGGAAUACCACUGUAACAAUUUCACAGAUGGAAAAACAAUAAUGCAAAAGUAUUUUGACGAUGUAGGACGGUCAAAAAGACAGGCAAGUUUCUCAGAUGAAGACAACACUGAGAGUUAUGAUGAAGUUCAAGCUCAGUCCCCGCCUCCGCCAUACACAGACCUGCAACCAGUGUUUGAAGACUGAUAGAUUAAGUCUUGCAGUGUGUAUAGAGAGGAGAGACAGGGAGAGACUUGCCUUCCUACUCUAUAACUAAAAUAAUGUAUAUAUCUUGUAUAUACAUACAGAAGAUAUUUUGUAUUGUAUAUACUUCAAUGCUUCAUCAGAUCAUUGCUCACAAUCAGAACUGGUUGUUUAUAAUUGGAAAAGGUGUAAUAGCCAUCUAAAGUGGUUGUUAAUAAUUAGAAAAGGUGUACUAGCCGUCUAAAGUGAUUAUUUAUAAUUGGAAAAGGUGUAAUCGCCAUCCAAAGUGGUUGUAUAUAAUUGGAAAAGGUGUAAUAGCCAUCUAAAGUGGUUAUUUAUAAUUGGAAAAGGUGUAAUCGCCAUCCAAAGUGGUUAUUUAUAAUUGGAAAAGGUGUAAUAGCCAUCUAAAGUGGUUAUUUAUAAUUGGAAAAGGUGUAAUCGCCAUCCAAAGUGGUUGUAUAUAAUUGGAAAAGGUGUAAUCGCCAACCAAAGUGGUUAUUCAUAAUUGGAAAAGGUGUAAUAGCUAUCUAAAGUGGUUAUUUAUGAUUAGUAAAGUUGUAAUCGCUAUCUGAAGUGGUUGUCUAUAGUUGGAAAAGGUGUAAAAGCCAUUUAAAGUGGUUGUGUAUAAUUGGAAAAGGUGUAAUAGCCAUCUAAUGUGGUUGUCUGUGAUUGGAAACUGUGUAAUAGCCAUCUUAAAUGGUUGCUAUGAUUGGAAACUGUGUAAUAGCCAUUUAAAGUGGUUGUCUAUGAUUAGAAGUGGUUGUCUAUCAUUUGAAAAUGUUGUGAGAGCUAUGUGACAAAUUAAUUGCAAUAACUUUUAGCUCGAUUAUACGAAGUAUGGAGAGCUAUCCUACUUGACCCGGCAUCGGCGUCCUUCCGCGUCCACACUUUGGUUAAAGUUUGAUGCACUUUCUCUUUAUCUUUGUUAUUUCUUGACGGAUUUACUUCACACUUAAAAUAGUUGUUCCUCAUCAUCACCCACAUCAUAUGGCACAAGGGUCAUAACUCUUGCUAUAAAAUUUCAUGAAUUAUCCCCCCUUUUACUUAGAAUCUGAGGUUAAAGUUUUGGUGCACUUUCACUUUAUCUUAGUUUUUACUGAAUGGAUUUGAUUCAAACUUAAAACAGUUGUUCAACAUUAUCACGCACAUCAUAUGACACAAGGGCCAUAACUCUUGCACCAGUAUUUCAUGAAUUAUCCCCCCACCCUUUUUUACUUAGAAUUUCAGGUUAAAGUUUUGGUGCACUUUCACUUUAUCUUAGGUAUUACUAAAUGGAUUUGAUUCAAACUGAAAGUAGUUGUUCCACAUCAUCUCCCACAUCAUAUGACACAAGGUCUACAACUCGGGUACGAAUAUUUAAUUAAUUAUUCCCCCUUUUACUUAGAAUUUCGGGUUGAAGUUUUGAUGCACUUUCUCUCUAUCUCAGGUAUAACUAAAUGGAUUUGAUUCAAACUUAAAAUAGUUGUUGAACAUAAUCCCUUAAAUCAUAUGACACAAGGGCCAUAAUUCUUGCUCUAGUAUUUCAUGAAUUAUCCCCCCGUUUUACUUAUAAUUUCAGGUUAAAGUUUUGAUGCACUUUCACUAUAUCUCAGUUGUUACUGAAUGGAUUUGAUUCAAACUUAAAGAAGUUGUUCCACCUUAUUACCCACAUCAUAUGACACAAGGUCCAUAACUCUGGCACCAGUUUUUCAUGAAUUAUGCCCCCUUUUACUUAGAAUUAAAGGUUAAUUUUGAUGCAUUUUCACUAUAUCUCAAUUAUUACAAAAUGGAUUUGAUUAAACAUGACACAAGGUGCAUCACUCUUGCACCAAUAUUUUAUGAAUUAUAUGUCCCCUUUUUGCUUAGAAUUAUACUUAUUUAAUGUUUUGAUACACUUGAUCCUUAUCUCUCUUGUUACUUAAUACGUUCGACACUUAUCCAAUAUCUUCAUCCACAUUGGAAUCAUUAAACACUCCAGUGACAGCUCCAGCUUCAUCAAAUAUGCCCAGUUUCACUAUCCAGCAUCGAAAUAGUCGGGCGCGCUGUCUCAUGUGACAGCUCUUGUUGUUACUGCAUUUCAAUUAAAAAAGAGAUAUGAUUUAAGGACUGUAAUUUUAUUGCCACUAGUUCUUCAAGAAACUGGUUGUUUGAUUUGGUGUUAUGUCAGAGAUUCCAAAAAGUUGUACGAGCAAAUAUGUAUUUUAUGCCAAACAUAAUUGUAUGGCUUUAGUUCAAAAUUGUUUUAAAAUACCAGAAACUUCAGUCAUGUUAAUAUGUGAUAAAGCUGACAUCAUUAAAAUGAAAUAUAAAUUUGGAAAUCAUUUUUUAAUUAGUUUAGACUUAUUUUUACUUGUAAAACCAGCAAUUCUUAACAAUUUCUUAAAUAUUUGAAUUCGUAAAACACUUAAUAGCUGUUAUACUGGAGCUUUUGUACACAUUAUACAAAAGGUAGAUUUCACUCAAAAAUUUCAAAAAGACCUCAGCUCUUGCUUAUAUAUUGUAUAAAGGUCAUUAUGAGUUUUUGAAGUUUGGAGCAACAUUAAGCAUGAAUUUAGGACAGACAGCAGGUAGGAUUAUUCAAGUAGUAAUGGUGCAUGGUCAACAACACAACCAUCAAAGCUUGUCCAUACACAUUUACAUGCAUGUAGAUUGAAAAUUACAUGCAUAUAGAUUCGACAAAUACCUUUUCAUGUUAACUAGUUUGUACUAGUAGAUAAUAAAGGUGUUUAAACUAAA